AUGGGUUUCCUCCCGCGUUUUGAGCGGAGCGUCCCGUACGUGGCCUUCGACGUGGACGCCGCGUUUGGUGCGCCCUUCCGGUCCGUGAGCCGCCGUAAUGCGGAGACGUUCAUGGACGCUUGUGGAUCGGGGCAAGUCGCAUUUUUCUGCACAGGUCGAGGAAGGGAAGAUUCCAUCAGAAUGUUAUACGAUGUUUACGACGGGCUACCCGUAUACAACGGAUUCCCAGGGGUAUACCACAGCGGCGCCGUUGUUCUAGACAAGCAGGGAAGAUUGGUACACGGGACAUACUUUAGUAAGAGUGCGCUGAAGAAAAUCGUCGAUGCCGUUGUUUUUACAAGUCACCAAGUAUAUACCAUAUUCUGCUCGUUCGACAACUGGCUGAUUCUAGGAUCGGAGGCGUCGUCGAUCAGUGCUGUCAUGGCCAAGCACGGCGUGCAGUCUGAGCUGCAUAUCUGCACGAGGGACCAAAUAGUGAACAGCGAUAUAUCGCAAAUACUUGUAUACCAUUAUGGUGAGGUUGUGCGCGUGUUGGGAGCUUUGGACAACAUCCUGUACAACCUUCGUAGAGAUCCGAGGGGAGCCAUGCAGCUGACUCCUAUGGGAGUUAGCCCCGCCAUAGGUAUGUGGAGACUUCUUAGAUAUUACAACAUUUCGCACGACAUGUGUGCCUAUGUCGGCCACCCCUGCGAUAUAGCGGACAUGCCGUCGCUGAACCACGAACGCAGCACCAUCCAUGGAAGUCGAAACGAAGCCGAACAUGUAGAGAGGGUGGAAAUAAUAUCUAUGCAUUCUCAAGAAUCGGGCAGCGGUGACUUGAGCGUAGCGUCUAGCACUUAG